UGGAGCUCCGACUGACUGGGAAAUGUCAGUCGAUUGACUGGGAGCGGGUUUUCCUUUUCCCGGAGCCCACAGGCCUUCGGGUGACCACCGCCACGGUCGCCCGAGACUGAAGGAUCCCUGACCCCGGCAGACUACGGCGGACGCGAAGCUUCCGAGUUCCUUCCAGACGCUGUCUGGCGAGUGAACAGAUAUGGUCCAGAACUCUCCAUGAAUCCGCUUGGUUGGAGAUUGUGAACAUUCAAUAAUGAGCGGUGCAGCUUUAGGACUGGAGAUUGUUUUUGUCUUUUUUCUGGCAUUGUUCCUCCUUCAUCGAUAUGGGGACUUUAAGAAGCAGCAUAGACUUGUAAUCGUCGGAACACUGCUUGCUUGGUAUCUCUGCUUUCUUAUUGUCUUCAUACUGCCGCUGGAUGUUAGUACGACAAUAUAUAACCGAUGCAGGCAUGCUGCUGCAAAUUCCAGCCCUCCUGAAAAUAGCAAUGUUACGGGAGUGUAUGCAUCUGUCACUCCAGCUCAAAGACAGCAUCCAUGUUUCAAGCCAUGGAGUUACAUUCCAGAUGGAAUCAUGCCAAUUUUCUGGAGGGUAGUUUAUUGGACAUCACAGUUUUUAACGUGGAUUCUGUUACCUUUCAUGCAAUCAUAUGCAAGAUCUGGAGGUUUUUCCAUCACCGGAAAGAUAAAAACAGCCCUGAUUGAGAAUGCAAUCUACUAUGGCACUUACUUACUGAUAUUUGGAGCAUUUCUAAUUUAUGUAGCUGUAAACCCACGUUUGCAUUUAGAAUGGAACCAACUUCAGACUAUUGGAAUAGCUGCUGCCAACACAUGGGGUCUGUUUCUCCUCGUGUUAUUAUUGGGGUAUGGCUUGGUGGAAAUUCCUAGGUCAUACUGGAAUGGAGCCAAAAGGGGUUAUCUUCUUAUGAAGACUUAUUUUAAGGCAGCCAAACUGAUGACAGAGAAAGCAGACGCAGAAGAAAAUUUGGAGGAUGUAAUGGAGGAGGUUCGUAAAGUAAAUGAGAGCAUCAAGUAUAACCACCCAUUGAGGAAAUGUGUUGAUACAAUACUUAAAAAGUGCCCUACAGAUUAUCAGGAAAAGAUGGGUAGGAAUAUGGAUGAUUAUGAAGAUUUUGACGAAAAGCGUAAUACCUACCCAAGUGAAAAAAGUUUGGUAAAAUUGCACAAACAGGUGAUUUACUCAGUUCAAAGGCACCGUCGGACUCAAGUGCAGUGGCAGAUUCUUUUGGAACAGGCAUUCUAUCUAGAAGAUGUAGCAAAAAAUGAAACUAGCGCAACUCACCAAUUCGUUCACACUUUUCAGUCACCUGAGCCAGAAAAUCGAUUUAUCCAAUAUUUUUAUAAUCCUACAGUUGAAUGGUACUGGGAAUGCCUUUUACGUCCAUGGUUUCACAGGAUACUUGCUGUGGUUUUGUCUAUCUUCUCUGUGAUUGUUGUGUGGUCAGAGUGUACCUUCUUUAGCACAACUCCUGUCUUAUCCCUUUUUGCGGUAUUUAUACAGCUGGCAGAAAAAACAUACAAUUAUAUUUAUAUUGAGAUUGCUUGCUUCCUUUCCAUUUUCUUUUUAAGUAUCUGUGUUUAUUCUACUGUGUUCAGGAUUCGCGUAUUUAACUACUACUACUUGGCUUCACAUCAUCAGACCGAUGCUUACAGUCUUCUUUUCAGCGGCAUGUUAUUUUGCCGUCUGACUCCUCCUUUGUGUCUUAACUUCUUGGGAUUGACCCAUAUGGACGCAUCCAUCUCUCACCAGAAUACCCAGCCAACUGCAUAUACAUCUAUCAUGGGUUCCAUGAAAGUUUUAUCCUUUAUUGCAGAUGGAUUCUAUAUAUAUUAUCCUAUGUUGGUAGUAAUUCUCUGCAUUGCUACCUAUUUUAGUUUGGGCACCCGCUGUUUGAAUCUGCUUGGUUUCCAGCAGUUCAUGGGAGAUAAUGAUAUGACAUCAGAUCUAGUUGAUGAAGGAAAAGAAUUAAUCAGACGAGAGAAAAGAAAAAGGCAAAGGCAAGAGGAAGGUGAAAAUCGAAGAAGAGAGUGGAAAGAACGAUAUGGACACAACAGAGAGGAUUCCACUCGGAACAGAAAUGUUCACUCUGACCCCAAAGAGUCCAAUUUCUCAGACACUACUACCAAUUGGUCAUCCAAAUACACCAGGGCUAAUAACAGGACUGAAAGAGACCGAAUAGAACUUCUCCAGGAUGCAGAGCCUCUGGACUUUAAUGCAGAAACCUUUACUGAUGAUUCUCUGGAACCUGAGUCAGGAAGGUAUCAACCUGGUGGACGAUAUCUCUCUAUGUCUUCCAGCAUAAUAUUUGAAGAUAUCUAACGUCUGCAGUAAUUCAUGGAUCAAGUAACCAAGGUCAACGCAUCAGCUCAGCCUUUAUGAACAUCCUUGUGCCCUGCAUUCCCUCUGUACUCUCUAUAAACAGUGUGAAGAUAGCAGAGACAGCAUUGAACAUCGAUCCCAUCCUUGUGCCCUGCAUUCCCUCUGUACUCUGUAUAAACAGUGUGAAGAUAGCAGAGACAGCAUUGAACAUCGAUCCCAUCUUAGCAGUACCAGGCUGUGGUUUGUUGUUAGAGCGUCAUCUUUUCUGAUAGGCUUGAUGGAUACCAUCUGAAGCGUCUGCCUUAGUGUAGUUACGUGGAAGGAUCCAACUCAUGAUAAACGUGGAGCUCCCUUGGUUUCAUGCUAAUUUUUUUAGGAGAGUUAUUUUAAAGUUCAAUGAAGCCAUAAGUCAUACUAAAUUCUAAAUUUUAUAAGUGUAAUUUAAAUUUUUACUGCUUCUUUAAAAAUGUUCAACUUACAUUUUCCAAAGAACUGAAAGUGAACUGAGACCUCAGAUAACUACCAUAUCCACUAAACUCAUGUCUUAAAACAAGGCUUAUGUGUCACACAUAACUGAAUGUAAACAGUUCUUCUUCUGACCUGUAUACUCUCCUGUGGGAUUGCGCAUGUAUAAUUAAGAUGAUUCUCCAGUUGAUAGUGUUAGUGUCUUUAGCAUGUGUAUUCUAAUUGGGUGAUGUGUUACUCUUUUCUGUCUUUGUAAUAACUGGAUCUUUUUAUGGUUUUGAUAUUAUUGCUUUGUAAAAGAUUUUCAUUUCAGAGAAAAAUAUUCAUCUUUAACAUUUAGAAUAUUGACCUCAUGCUAAUCAGUCCAUCCAAGAAAAAUCCUAACUAUCAAUGAUGAAUAGAUUUGUCUGUUUUAUAGCCAAGAGUUCCCCAAAUUCUCUAAUAUUUACUUUUCUUUUUUUAAGAUUUAUUUUAUUUAUGAGUACACUGUAGCUGUCUUCAGAUACACCAGAAGAGGGCAUCAGAUCCCAUCACAGAUGGUUGUGAGCCACCAUGUGGUUGCUGGGAAUUGAACUCAGGACCUCUGGAAGAGCAUUCAGUGCUCUUUACCGCUGAGCCAUCUCUCAAUUCUCUAAUAUUUAAAAGGUGCCUGUUAAUGUACCUUGUAAAGAAAACAUCUGGCUGUUUUGGCUAUCCAAUGGUAAAAAGAAAAAUGAUCCAUUUAUGAGUGUUGCUAACCCUUAAAUUGUAGCUUAGAAAAAAAUGUAUUAGAAUGGAUGUGUAGUAAGAACUUGUUUGUUAAACAUGCUUACUAUUUUAAAUUGGUUGUUUCAACCUUUUCAUUUAAGCCAGAGUUAGGUAUUAUGUUUUAAAGAGCCAGUGUUUUAUUACAGAGUGAACAUGGCUUAGCACGUGUUAGCAGGGAUUGUUCUGUGGUCCUGAAGUAUUUGUGUCUCUAAUAGAAUACGUUCUACAUGGGGUGACUAGACUUGAACAUGUGCAGGGCAGUUUCACACCUGCUUUCCUUGCAGUUAUUACUAGUGCUCCAGUGCUACUCCCUCCUAUGUUGAGGGCAUAGUUCUAUGUAGGUACUGAAAGGAAGUAUGCGGUCAUUAUCUUUUUUUUAAAUGGUUGCACUUUCUUAUGACCUUCCACAUAGAUUCCGCCUUUAAAUAAUUACCAGUAGAUAGAUGUACUCUGCAUUGAGGGUUGCGCAGCCUGCCAAUCUUAGGACACAUGUGCAUGUAACCUUUGACUGUGACAGGCAGUCAGAGCAGUUGACCAGAGCAGCGACUAGGAUUUCAUGAUUGGUUCCUGGAAUACUGUGAGCGGAUCAUGGAACCUUUCAGUGCCUCAGUUUCUUCAUCUUCAGAAUGAAGGACUUAUUUAUUACUUACCUACUGAUCUACCUCACGGAACUGUUGUGAGGGAAUUAAAUUGAUGAUUAUAUGCUGGGGUUUGGAAAGACAAAGCAAGUUGUUUGCUGUGCUGCGCUCAGGCGCGCUCUCUUCUCUCUUCUCUCUCUCUCUCUCUCUCUCUCUCUCUCUUCUCUCUUCUCUCUCUCGCUCUCUCUCUCUCUCUUCUCUCCUCUCUCUCUCCCUCUCUCUCUCUCUCUCUCUCUCUCUCUCUCUCCUUGUACUUAGAAGGGACAGGAAUGAUGAUCACAGAAAGGGGUCUUUGAGAAGCUUCAGAGUCCCCAGAGCAAAAUGACCUGGUUUAUCUGAAGUUCCUGAAGUAGUGACUCAUCAUUUGUGUAUGGAUUUACUUUGAAAUAUUUUCCUUAAAUAUAAUUUUUGUUAUUUUUUUCCUUAAUAUUCAGAUGCUAUAGUCAGAGUACAAGGAUAAAAAGGAAUGAGUGUCCAAUUGCACUAUUAACUGUCAUAAUUGCUAAGACAGAGUGAUAGGAAGUGCAGAGGAGUUCAGGUACUUCUCUUUAAGGUCACACCAACAGACAUGUAAGUACAUAUGCAGAUGCUUCACAAAUACAGCAUCCCUUUGUAGUCUUUUGAGUUAUUUCCACAGUGAGUUUUGUUGUUGUGAUGAUCCAGAGUAUUCAAAUUUUUAAGGAGUUUUUCUUAUAGGAUUUUGUACACAACUGUAUAGAAAAGGCACUUUGUUGAGUAAACUCAAGUUUAGAAGGCAGUGAUUUCAAGCUGGAAUCCUUGGCUUUGUUUCUGAGGAAUUUAGUUAAUAUUUAUUAAGCUGCUCUGAGUACAGCGUUGAUAGUGUGUACAGUAUUCUUUUCAGACACCUAUUAACCUGUAAUGACACAGUCACAAAAAUCUUACUACAAAAUUCAUAUACUUUAUGUGCAAAGUGGUUUCCUUAAAGAAUUAUUUCUGGUACUCUUUUUCUUACAUGUUAACAAAUAUCAUAGAAUUAUCUAAAAUUUUUGUGUUUUGAGACAGGGUUUCAUGUACCCCAGGCUAACCUCCAAGUCUGUGUAUAACUGAGGGUGACCCUGCACUCCUCUCCUGAUCUUCCUCCACCUCCCAAGGUCUACAAUUACAGAAAUGUGCCACAGCACCCAGAUCAUUAUUCUUAACCAAUUGCUAGUUAAGAAUAUUGAACAAGCUAAUAACUCAAAAUAUGUAUUAUAGAAAAAAAUCUAUAAAUUUCAAGAAUCAGCUAUAUGUAUUGUUAAUUUACUUUUUAAAACUAUAUGACCCUUUUAUUAAUAACACACUUUUGUAAAAGAAUUUUAAGAAUUAAAAUAUAAAUAUAAUUAUCAAUAUUUCCUGUCAGAUCACAUGCAUGUAAGAGUUUUAGAAUAAUCUCCUCCCAAAAAAGGAUCUCAUUUCACAAAACUGUUAAGAGUUAAAUCAAAGCCUGAAAAGUUCCCAUCGUAAAAACAGAUCAGAUUCAACAGUCUCUUGUCCAAAAAGAAAGGUUGCUUGUUGAUAUCUCUCUGGCCUUUACCAUUUAAAUUGUCCAAUCUAACACAUAAACAUAAAAUAUGCACAAACUGAGUGUGGCUAGGAAAGUCACUGUUUUAAAAGUGUAUUUAGCAUGCUAAUGGACAAAUUUCACUUAUGUUUAUUUGCAGACCUCAUUUUAUUUCUUUAAUAGGUCAAGGGGAUGUUUUCAAUAAUAUGUUGAUUACAAUAUUACAGGAAAAAUACAACCUAUAAUUACAGUUCAGGUUGUAAAGUAAAAUUUAUACUUAAAAUUUGAAUGGCCAUACCUGAGAAAUUCCAAGGAUGAUCCAAGAGACCAGAUAUGUCCCUGAAGACUUAGACACACUUGCAUUUCAAAGUGCAAUGGACUGUACAGUAUUAACUGUAAAAGCUAAGAGGUAAAAGCUCUUAGGGUUUGCCUUUCUUUGUGCCUCCCACUCUCCCUCCCUCCCACCUCCCUUCACCACAUGACUUUAGUGGGCUGACAGACUUUUCUCUUUUGUUUAUGUGCACAGUUGUUUUUAAUGAGCAGUACACUCAAAAGGAACUACUCUGACUUCACAUCCCACCCUGAAAUAGCAGUAUUGUACCUGAAAACACGCAUUGCUAAACUAGUGAACAGUGCCUAAAUGGAAGCAUGGUGCAUACGAGCUCAGUGCAUUUUCUUUGAUGUUACUAAGGAGGGCACUGCAGUAAAAAAUACUUUCCUGGUAAAAUUUUGUAUAAAGUAAUUUAAAACAUCCAACAUUAAGAACUGUGAGAUAUUUCAUCAUAAAAAUGAAUUCAUAAAAAUGCAUACGUUUAAAAGUGGAAUAGACUACAAGGGUUGGUUACAAGGGGAGUGAAAUCUGAUUUCUUUUUGGAUAGUAUUUCCUAAUCAGUGGCUUUUCUGGCUAGAGACUUGGAAGCCUAAGCGGGUUUAAGUCUCAGCUCCUGGAUCUCCGCCCUGUGAGCCAUCCUCCCAGUGGAGCAGGCACUGCCUUCCUCUCUACUGCCCAGGGAGCGCGCUCUCACCUCCAGUUCCUUCCAUGAUAGACACGGUAACACCAACAAAAUUCUACUUUCAAAUGACUUAUGUGUCUAGAUCAGGUAAGGUCUUGCUGUAAUUUAAAUUUUUCUUAAUAAAGUAAGACUGCAUAAUUCUGUUAUCAUUAGCUUACAAGAUGUUUUUGCUUCCUCCUAGAAAACCUUCCCUUUUAUGGUUAUAUUGAUUACUUGUAAAAGAAUUUUGCUAUGCUUGGUACAAAGGAGUAUUAGGAGUGGCUGAUUAUGGCAGACAUGUAAGGCCAAUACGAACCUAUUAAAAUGCACAGCAUUUGGAGUUGGUAUCAUGAUAUAAGUCUUCUGUGUUUAUUGAAAGAAUACUGGCUAAUGUCUUCCCUGUUACGCAUGCCAAGUUGUAGGGGAGAGAUUGUGUUAUUUAUUUAUAUUUUUUAAACAAUCCAAUGGAUUUGUUUUUGUCUGUAUUUUGGGAAUAACUUGAAGGAUUUUUUUUUUUCUUUUUAGAAGAUAGAGAGUAUGUAUAUCUAUCUUUUAAAUACUAUAACCUAAUAUAUACAUAUAAAUUAUAACAUUGAAAAGUACAAAAAGCUCUAAUUAUUGAUGUUAUUUUCCUGGUAUUUAAUUUUUAUAAAUGGUUUUGUAAGUGAAUAAUUGUAGUAUUGCUUUUAAAUAGUUUAAAAUCAUCCUUAAAUAAGUUCUGAAUCAAUAUACUACCUUAGUACGAUAUUCUCAAGUGAAGUACUCUGAUGUGAAUUUGAAACAUGCCUGCAUUUCCUAAGUUCCUUCAUAUGUGUAUGUAUGUACACCAGUACCCAGAAAAGCAUACCAGAAGCCUGACUUCCAUGUUGCAUUGAUAAAGAGCUUCAUAUAAUUUUGCCUUCUAUAAUUCAAUUGCCUAGGUGAAAUAGAACAUAAAUCUCUUCAAAUGUCUGUCCGAUCGAAAUUUUCAAAAUGGUAACUUUUCAUUUGGGGGUUGCAUGAUGCCAAGUUUAUCUUUAAUCAGCCUUUAUUACUGGAUGUAAAACAAUGGAUGUUUUCCUACUUGGUCAGUAGGUUGUAGUUUUGUUUUUUUUGUUUUUUUUCCACUAGAUUCUCACUACAUUUUUAAAUCUGUAUUUGGAAAAACCUGCAAAGUGCUAUCAGUAAGUUAGUUAGCAUCUUUGUCUUAUCUAUGCAUAAUGUUUCUUAAUUUAACUUUGACAAACUCACUGACAUACAAUUCCUUUGUAGUAUUGUAACUUACUGUGCUGUAAUUAAUUUUUUUAAUGUUUAUAUGAUUCGUUAUUAAAAUAUAGGAUAUUGUAUAGUUUUGCAUGAAAUAAAUGCCAUCUCUAUAAGCUA